AAAGCCACUAAGCAGGCAGGCAAGUGCGCGUGGGUGGCCGGGCCUCGCCUCGCCUCAGCCGACCAUGGCGCCCAGCGGCGACUUAAUGGGGGCAGCCGAAGACCUCGCUGACCAGUUCUUGCGGGUGACGAAGCACUACCUACCUCACCUGGCUCAUCUCUGCCUGAUCAGUACGUUCUUGGAGGAUGGCAUUCGGAUGUGGUUCCAGUGGAAUGAGCAGCGAGACUACAUCAACUUGUCUUGGGGAAGCGGUGCACUCUUAGCCACACUUUUUGUAUUAAUCAACAUGUGUGGGCAGUUGGCUGGGUGUGUGCUUGUUUUAGCCAGAAAGUUCGUUCCUUACGCAUGCUUCGGCCUAUUUGGAAUCAUUUUUAUGCAGACAAUUGCAUACAGUAUUUUAUGGGACCUCAAGUUCUUAAUGAGGAAUUUGGCUCUAGGGGGUGGACUGCUUCUGCUACUUGCAGAGUCUCGUUCUGAGGGGAAGUCCAUGUUUGCUGGAGUCCCUACCAUGGAUGACAUCUCACCACGGCAGUACAUGCAGCUUGGUGGCCGUUUGCUCCUUGUUCUCAUGUUCAUGACGCUCCUGCACUUUGAACUUGGCGCCUUCACCAUUUUCCAGGACAUCUUUGGCAUGGCACUCAUCAUUUUGGUAGCCAUUGGCUUCAAGACCAAGCUCGCUGCUCUCACUCUGGUCAUCUGGCUCUUCGUCAUCAACCUGAUCCAGAAUGCCUUCUGGAGCAUCCCCACCUACAGACCACUCCACGACUUCCUCAAAUACGACUUUUUCCAGACGAUGUCUGUCAUAGGGGGCCUGCUGCUUGUCGUGGCAUUGGGACCUGGGGGGGUUUCCAUGGACGAGCACAAGAAGAAGUGGUGAAGAUGGACUCUGAACAGUGCUCAGUGGCUGGGUGGGGGAAUAAACUACGGCUUUUAAAAACCUGUGUAGAAUUUUCUUCUCUUUUGAUUGAUUCUCUUGAGGUUUAUCAUAGUUCACGGUUGCCUUAUCAGGUUGGAAGAGACUUUGCUUUUUCAACCUGUUUGAGACAUGUAAAUUAAAGUCGAAUUAUAGAUAGAUAGAU